UGCAUUUUGAGGCAUUUACCUAAGUACCUAUUUAGGUACGUAAUACUUCCAGUAGGUAGGUACAUAAGCAGGCCUACAUUCAAACUCUCCUUACAGCAUUUUGUACUUCGUCUUUUCUGUACACGCAUAUACACCACCACCUUACCUAGAUACCACCAUGGCUGACGCAACGGAGAACUCAAUCAAAGAGGCCAAGGGCCUCGUGGACGAUGAAGGGCAAGCAAAGUCAAGGAUACUUCGCUUCGAUCAGAUAUAUGAUUUGCGAACAUCUAGCACGAAGCUUGAGAAGUCUGCCAAACCACGUGAUGUCCUUUAUAAACGAUAUAAAAAAAGGAACCCUGUUUUGGUAGUCCGAAGAAUCAUCGACUAUAGGGGUAGACACAUUGAUACGGUAGUCGAUAUACUAUCCAAGUUUGUGGCCGAUACCUUAAGUGAAAUAAACGAAGGUGUUGAAAACUUGGCACUCAACAAGACACCCCCUCAGGUAUGGAUUUGCGGCUAUUUCAUGUUGGAUAAGUCUUUCUCAUAAAUGCAGGCCAGUCCAAAUCUUUUCUUUCAUAGUUGGGAUGGCCUCCGGGGUUCCCUCCAGGGCGCACGAGGGUCGCCAGAGCCAAAUCAAGAAUUGAUUGAUGAUCUCAAAAUAGCUUGCGACUUUGUGGAAGAAGAGCUUAAGGCAACAUCUGGGAACUGUUUAUCUCUCAUGGCAGCAAAUGAGAUCACUUGGCCUUUGCUUUGGACUCUAAUGAAGCCAAACUCGUUAGUGUACCAUUACCACGAACUCGUAGAACAACACCAGAUUCUCAGGUUCAAGGGCAUGGAGAUGAUCGAGUCACGUCAGAGACCACCGUACUGGGACAUAAAAUGCGACAUCAUCACAGACGACGGCAAUAGAUUCGGUCUCGCAAAGGAGCCGCUUCCCCUUGAAAUCGAAAUUUUCGAUGGAGCUAGGAAGAUCACAGACUUACCUGUAUAUCCCCUUGAAAGGUGUCCUGUGGCAGACAAGGCUAAGGAGGAAGCUUUAGCUAGAGGGAGAUUCUUCCAAGGGAUAAGACCACCAUACUUCUGCCAAACCCAUGGAUUCGCAAUGUCGGAGAAGAGUAAUCAUCCUUGGAAACCGAUUCGAUUCAAAGUUAGGACCUAUGGCAGGGCCAUGCUAGACGCCGCAGCAUUUCGCACGUUCAAUCCUAACAUGGCGUUUCAUCCAAUAGUAUCGCGCACCCUCGAGAGAGAAUUGUUGACUGACGAACAGCUAAUGAUUACGAGUCCUGUCGCAUUGGGGUUUUGCUUCGGGAGCAAGCAAUGGCUCGGACUUGCGAUGUCUCGCUUGCUGCCUAUUGACUGGAAUGACUUGGCAUUCGAGCAGCUCGUACUCAAUCCAAGGUCGAAAAAACUUAUACUCUCGCUCAUAAAGCAUCACUCUGCACAUGAUGGCUUCGAUGACAUUGUCGCGGGUAAGGGCAAAGGAACUAUCUUCCUUCUGAGUGGCCCCCCGGGAUGUGGUAAAACGUUAACAGCAGAGGCGGCUGCCGAGAUAACCAAACGACCGCUCUACAGUGUUUCGGCUGGUGAUCUAGGAACGAAAGCAGACGAAGUCGAGCAGAGUCUCACUAAAAUACUCGAUGUCGCUCGGGCCUGGGAUGCCGUACUUCUUCUCGACGAAGCUGACGUCUUCCUUCAACAGCGGAAGAGCGACGAUAUCAAACGAAAUGCGCUUGUUAGUAUCUUCCUGAGACAGAUUGAGUACUACCAGGGGAUCCUCAUGUUGACGACAAACCGGGUUGAUCAAUUUGACAUUGCUUUCGAAAGCCGGAUCCACGUUAGUAUUCGAUACCCUGAGCUCGACCACGACGCCAGAAGGGCCGUGUGGAGCACUUUCUUGAACCGAGCCGGAGAAUCUGCAAGUAACGCGAACAUGAGGUUCACGGAGCAAGAAAAGGAUGUACUUGCUUCUAAGGAGAUCAACGGUCGGCAGAUCAAGAACAUAGUCCACGGUGCUCUUACCUUAGCGAGGGAAGCAGGAGAAACACUGGACAUGUCCCAUAUCGACAAUGUUCUAAGCGUGAUGAAUUCGUGGAAACAAGGCGAGGGAGCAGACGCCCUAGCAUCGGAACAGGCCGCCGCUGAAGUGGUGGAUUUAUUAGCUUAAUAAUGGUUGCUCAAAGGUCAGGUAUUCUAAUUUAAAAAUAGGGUGUUAGUAGUCAUACCUUUCAAUAUUCUACCAAUAAUAAUUAAAUCAUAAGAACAUUUGCCACUAAGAUGUAAGAUGGGGAAUAGGGUGGAUGAGAUCUAACAUGAAACGCUAGAUUUGAACGCCAUCGAGCGAGAAUCGUAUCGGGAGAAGACCGCCGAGACUUUAUCAGCCGGUAGGUUACAUCCGACCCCGCCGAACCUCGUCAUUACCAUCCUUCUUCAUCCUAGGAACACAUGGCUUCUGCAAUUGUCGC